GAUGAAUACAUCCCUGUUUUGUGGAUUGUUGUAGCACGUCGCACACUUCCCGGUCUCCGCAAUUGUGUAAUUAUCCGACCUUUCGCUGAUCUUGACUGUUUCGGAGGAUACAGUCUAGUAACCGCAAUUGAACAAUGUUUGCAGUCAGGAGUGCAUUCCGCCUGGGUGCAAGAAUCACUGAGAUUUCAAGACGAGGAUGCGCUGUCGGUCUUCCCGUGGAUGAUGUCGUCAACGGGCUUACGGAGGAGCAGAUACAACUCCGACAGACAAUCCGGAGGUUCCUAGCCGAGAAACUGGCACCCAUUGCCGAUGAGAUUGACAAGAGCAAUGAAUUUGUUGGGAUGCGGGACUUUUGGAGGGACAUGGGUGAUAUGGGACUUCUGGGUAUCACUGCCCCAUUGGAUUAUGGUGGUUCAGGAUUGGGUUACCUAGAUCAUGUGAUUGUGAUGGAGGAAAUGUCGCGAGUGUCGGCAGCUGUCGCCCUCAGCUACGGGGCCCAUUCAAACCUCUGUGUCAAUCAGAUGGUGCGCCAUGGCAACACGAAGCAGAAGGACAAGUACAUGGCCAAGCUCAUGACAGGAGAGCACGUGGGUGCCUUGGCAAUGAGUGAGCCCAACGCCGGAUCCGAUGUGGUGUCCAUGAAACUGAAGGCCAGGAAAGAAGGUGACCACUACGUUCUUAACGGUGGAAAGUUCUGGAUCACCAACGGGCCAGAUGCAGACGUUCUCAUUGUGUACGCUAAGACAGACCCGGAGGCUCACCAAAAGGGUAUCACAGCUUUCAUUGUGGAGAAGGGUAUGCCAGGGUUUAGCACAGCACAGAAGCUGGAUAAACUGGGAAUGAGGGGAUCCAACACUUGUGAACUUAUCUUUGAGGACUGCAAGAUUCCAGUGGAGAAUGUCUUGGGACCUCUCAACAAGGGAGUCUAUGUGAUGAUGACUGGACUCGACCUGGAGAGACUUGUGCUCGCAGCAGGACCUGUCGGCAUUAUGCAAGCUGUGAUGGACUUUUCCGUUCCCUACCUGCACGUUAGAGAAGCUUUCGGACAGAAGAUUGGACACUUCCAGUUAAUGCAAGCAAAGAUGGCUGACAUGUACACACGCCUGGGUGCAUGUAGACAGUAUUUGUAUAACGUGGCACGAGCCUGUGACAAGGGACACUCUAAUUCCAUGGACUGUGCUGGGGUCAUUCUUUAUUGUGCUGAGAAUGCCACUCAAGUUGCUCUGGAUGGAAUUCAGUGCCUGGGUGGCAACGGCUACAUUAAUGAUUAUCCCAUGGGCCGUUUCCUGAGGGACGCCAAGCUGUACGAGAUCGGAGCAGGCACCAGUGAGGUGCGCAGGCUUAUCAUUGGUCGAGCCUUCAAUGCCAUGUACAAGUAGACCUUGAAAGCUGAAGAGAAGUACACGGACUGGAUCACGACUCACCCAAAGGCCUUACACGAAAUACCAUUAUACACUCUUAGAAAGGUUUCUAAAAGGGUUCUUUGCCUGUCCCUGUGUAGGAGAACCCUGUAUUGGUUCCAGGUAGAACCCUUUCACCCAAUAAAGAACUGUUUUAAGAACCCUUUAGUGAAAAGUUUCUACCUUGGACCAAAACGGUCCCUGUCGGAGAAACAGUCAAGGGAACACUAUGAUUCUCCAUAUCCGCUUUAGUCACGGACAACAAGCACCAGAGUAGCACCAACGGAUGAUGAUUCAUCUGGUGUGGACUUAGAUCUCUACCUCCAGUGUUUUAGAUACCAGUAGUCUGGUAUCAACCCAAUUAAACUGUAUUUAUCAUACUUUUAACAUUUCUUAUUAUUUCAGUAACAAUUUAAUGUAUGGCAUUUUAAUAGGGUUUCAUUGAUUCUACCUUGCAGUGAAAUGACCUUAGUCUAUAUAGUGGAGGAAUCUAGUCGUGUGUGUCUGAGGCAGUGAACCAUACAAUAUGCUCUGUUAUGCAAAGCGUUCUUGCAAGCAGCAGCAUUUUUAAAUCAUGGCGGCAGGGUAGCCUAGUGGUUAGAGCGUUGGACUCAUAACCGGAAGGUUGCAAGUUCAAACCCCCAAGCUGACAAGGUACAAAUCUGUCUUCUGCUCCUGAACAGGCAGUUAACCCGCUGUUCCUAGGCCGUCAUUGAAAAUAAGAAUUUGUUCUUAACUGACUUGCCUAGUUAAAUAAAGAUAAAAAUUUCCCCCUUCCGUUGAUGUUUCCUGGGUACAUGGCUUUGUACACUACCAUUAACGACUUAACACUAUCGUUCUCUUUUUGUGUUGUCACUCUUUUUUUCCAACGUAUUUGUAAACUUUCCAUUUCUCAGUGGUGUUGAGCUGCGUAGAAUGUGAAGUGAAGAUAGUCAGCAAAAACAAUGAUUUUCUAUAAUGGAAAUAUCAUUGUUUACUUUUAAGAGCAUAUUCAAAUGGUUAAAUCAACUAAAAAUUGUCUGAUAGGAAGAACAAAACAAUUGCAAGAUUUGUUAAUUCCUCAAGAUUUUGUUUCAACUAAGUAUCCAAAUUGGUUGGUAUCCUGUUUGUGUAGAAUAAAAAAUUACUUGGAUUUUGCA